AUGCCCCCCGUGUCGAAAAGAUCUUUGAGUAGCACAGACAGGUCGAUUUCGCCUCCUGCCUUGAGGAGAAAGCUCUCCCGUGCGACAGUGUGGCAACACGUGCCGAACACAUGGUCAGGCCAAGUCCGCCUGUUCAGCUGGAAUGUCAAUGGCAUCGGGCCACUGCUGCAGAAACGUCUGUCUUUUGAGCCAGGGUCUCUGUCACCGCUGAGGUCCUUUCUCAAACGGCAUCAGUGGCCGGAGAUACUGUGCUUGCAGGAAGUCAAAAUCAGCUCCAAAGACACUGCGGUUCAAAGACAGCUGCAGCUGGCCGCUAACCAGGGGAGUGCCGCCGAGGAGCCCACCUACAGUGUUCACUCCUCCUUGCCGAGAGACAAGUAUAAUGCUACUGGGUUUGGAGGAAAAGUCCACGGCGUUGCGUCUUUGAUCCGGGACGACUUCGCCACCAGUAUUCGCGUGACACGGAAACCUGACUGGGACCUUGAAGGCCGGGUGUUAAUUCACGAACACGAGACAGGGCUUGUCAUAAUAAACGGGUACUGGGUCAACGGGACGUCGAAUCCAUAUCGAGAUCCUGCCACCGGCGCAGUAACCGGCACGCGACAUGAUCAUAAGCUGCGAUUUCAUCACCACAUGUUGGAUGAAGCGCUUCAGCUUGAGAGGGAUGGACACCAGGUUGUUUUGAUGGGCGACAUGAACAUCGCCCGAGCUCGAAUUGAUGGUCACCCGAAUCUCCGAACGUCGCCUCUUCAACACGUCAAGAACCGUGCAGACUUCAAUUCCAAAUUCUUCACGGACGACAAGGGCAUGCGCGGCAUUGAUGUUUUCAGGCAUAUCCAUGGAGAUACCAAGAAGUUCACCUACCAUCCACGGGGAAGGUCCUGGGGAGAAAGUUGUGACCGCGUGGACCUCAUCGUCGUGAGUCGAGCUCUGGUCGACGACAUGGACGCGGUCACAGCGACUGACAUCUGCGACUCUGCUCAAGAAAGAGGGCAUAGUGACCACGUCCCCCUCUGGAUCUCCCUUGACCUCUCGCGGAUAGCUGGUGUAGCAAAACCCCCUGUGACAGACCGCGGGACGGAGCAAUGA